AUGCCAGAGAAUAGCAGGGCAACUCCUAAGGCUGACGUCUUAUUAAACACCAAUAGCUACGGUUUUUUAAAAAAAUUAAAAUACAGGUGCAGGGACUUGGGCUCGGGACUCCUGGACCCCCGUGGGGCUGAGCGUGGAUGGUGUUUGGUGUCUGGCUUCACUCCCAAACCGCACCUAGAGGGCUUGCGGGGCGGAGGGGCCUCAGGGCGACGGUUCCGAACAGACCCAGGCUGCUCCAGUCAGCAGCAGCCCCGCCGCUCUCCCACCGAGCGGGGACCCCCAGCCCCGCCAGCCGCAUCGCUCUGUCGCUCUCAGGUCAGACAAGCCAGUUCCGGACCGCGUGGCACCAGGAGCCGCCAGGAGCCAGGGCGACCCAGAGGUCUCCAGCGACCUGGCGUCCCGCGAGGACACAGUCUCCAGGAGGGGUUAGACCAUGCGAGCCGGAGCCCGAGUCCCAGGGCCGCUGAGCCAGUUUGGAGUGGUCUCCAGGCCAGAGUGGGAAGGGGCUCCGCGCUUCUGGGCGUCCGCAGGAGCUGCAGGGCCCGCCGGCCGACGCGGGGUCGGGACACUCCGCACCGUGUGUGGGGGCGGAGGGGACGCGGUGGGUGCAGCCUGGGCGCGGGUGGGCUAGAGCCUGGAGACGCCGGGAGCCCGACUUCCUGGCGCUUUGUCGGUUGGGGAGCGGAGCCAAGGAACAGCGCCAGCCUCUCUCCACAAGUCGGGGACCCUACGACCCACUGCGGCAGGCCAGAACCAGCAGCCGAUUCGGAUACCAUCAAGACACCUAAAACCUUAUCAUGAGCCAGAUGCUGAGGAAGAGAUUCUGGGAGAAUCCUGAGGACCCCCCGGCUGCAGCCAUGUCAAGACUGACGCUGAGGAGGACCCCAACUGUCACGAGCAACACCCGUCCAACACAGCCACCUACUUGGGGAAAGAUCAAGAAGCUGUCACAGAUGGUGGAAGAAAACCUGAGGAAAGCGGGACAACCAGUCACAACGAGUAAUUUAAUGAUAGCUACGAGAGCGGUGAUCACCAUUGCUUCUGCAGAUGCAGAUCCUGACUCUUGCGAGAAGUAGCUCACCGUGAUAAAGCUGCCUUUUCUUUUAUUGCCCUGCAAAAACAAGAAGGGGGACAUGCUGGGGAAUAGGCCCCCAAAUCUGGACAUAAACUGGCCCCAAAACUGGCCAUAAACAAAAUCUCUGCAGCACUGUGGCAUGUUCAUGAUGGCCAUGAUGCCCACACUGAAGAUUAUUGGCUUACUGGAAUGAGGGCAAGGAACACCUGGCCCAUCCAGGGUGGAAAACCACUUAUAGGCAUUUCUAAACCACAAACAAUAGUAUGAGCAACCUGUGCCUUAAGGACAAGUUCCUGCUGCAGAUAACCAGCCAGAGACCAUCCCUUUGUUUUGGCCCAUGUUUUUGUUUCCUGUAAGGAGUGCUUUUAGUUAAUCUAUAAUCUAUAGAAACAAUACUUGUCACUGGCUUGCUGUCAAUAAAUAUGUGGGUAAAUCUCUGCUCUUGGCUGUCAGCUCUGAAGGCUGUGAGUCCCCUGAUUUCCCACUCCACAUGCUA